AUGAUCGCCUAUUUUGUUACUUGGACCAUCCUCCUUACUCACUCCGCGUCCGCUCUACCGGGGCUGCAAGGGGUGACAACACAAGACGCAUGCAGUCCUCUCAGUAAUAUAGUUGAUCAGCUCAAGACCUACAGCACUGCUACUGGGUUCUGCCAGUCGGUCUUAGCUACAACGUUUACUGUCUCUGCCUCCAGCUGCCACUCUACCCAUACCACGCAUCUACGCACCACCACACCUCAAGCAUCCAUUUCGCGCAGUCCUCUCUUUUCUUAUCCCACCCCGGAAGUCUUCCACCAAUUCCCUGAUGUUGAAGUUAAUGACGCAUGUAAAUGCCUGGGUAUCCCCCCUACAGCUAUACCCACGCGAACAACGACACACACGCCAACGACCACACUCACGGCAUGUACCACUCCACCACCAUGUGUCAAUGCAGUCCUUCAGUGGGCAUACUAUCACUUCGGCGAAGGACCUGUCAUUCCUAAAAACAGCAAUUUGUCCGAUUACAAUAUUGAUGUCGCCGCGCUCAAGUAUACCACCCCCAACGUCACGGGAACAACCACCUAUGUCAAUGUAAACCAUACUGGGAAUGAGACACCAGUCGACAUAUACGGCAACCUCGAAAUAUCCGACUACUUCGCCCUCGAUCAUCGCGGCUAUCUAUACGCAGAAACAACGGGCACCUAUGCGGUUACCCUUCUCAACACGGACGAUGUUGCCUACUUCUGGUACAACACCACCGCGUAUACCGGCUGGAAUGUGACCAACUGGGAUAUGUACACCGACUUCGAAAGCACGGACAGUCUCCAUGUCGACCUAGUCGCUGGUCAAUACCUUCCAAUCCGCCUGGUUUUCGCAAACGCACAGGGGGGCGCGAGUUUGCCCUUUUCAAUUACAGCACCCGACGGGUCGAUUGUGUUGGAUAAGAAUUCCACAGCUUCGUCUUCUAUUGUGCAAUAUUCUUGCGAUCGAGUUAUAGCCCCCGAGUUUCCAUCUUUUGACCACGAAGCUUGA